CUGCGCCCCUGCGCUCCGCGCCCAAGGCUGCUGCAGGCGCUCGCUCGCCCGCCGGCUCCAGUUUACCGCCUCCUUUUCCCGCCCGGGCUGUUGCCAUGCAAAUGUUAUUCCUCAGCCGAUCACGUGUCCUUUGAAGGGCCACGUGGAUUAACAAAGCUGAUCUGCCCCCAGCUCACCCCCCUCGGUUGCUAAUUUUUUUUCUUAACUUCUUUAAAACUGAUCUUGAAUGCAUACAUCCUCCAAACGCAGAUCCCCUAAUCCUAUGGAAUAAUUCAACUCGUGAAUGCACUUGGAGUUUUAGAUGACCGCUUUAUAAGGCAGCCCCUCAGAGUUGGAAGGCUGCAGUCUACCUGGGACACUGGAAGAGGCACACGAGGUGGAAAAAGGACGGGUGCCUAGCGCCACCGCCUCUCCCGAGGGCGCAUACUGACCAGGAUGUCAGACAAGCUCAAGGAACGCAGAAGAACCCCUGUUUCUCAUAAAGUAAUAGAAAAGCGGAGGAGGGACCGAAUCAACCGUUGCUUGAAUGAGCUGGGCAAGACCGUGCCCAUGGCCCUGGCAAAGCAGAGUUCCGGGAAGCUGGAGAAGGCGGAGAUCCUGGAGAUGACUGUUCAAUACCUGAGAGCUCUACACUCUGCUGAUUUUCCCCGGGGAAGGGAAAAAGCAGAACUUCUAACGGAGUUUGCAAACUACUUCCACUAUGGCUACCAUGAGUGCAUGAAGAACCUGGUGCAUUACCUCACCACCGUGGAGCGGAUGGAGACCAAAGACACCAAGUACGCGCGCAUCCUAGCCUUUUUGCAGUCCAAGGCCCGCCUGGGCGCGGAGCCGGCCUUCCCGCCGCUGAGUUCGCUCCCGGAGCCAGAUUUCUCUUACCAACUGCACCCUGCGGGGCCUGAGUUCGCAGGCCACAGCCCGGGAGAGGCCACUGUGUUCCCACAGGGCGCUGCCCCGGGGCCUUUCCCCUGGCCACACGGCACUGCUCGCAGCCCGGCGCUGCCUUACCUGCCCAGCGCACCCGUGCCGCUCCCAAGCCCAGCGCAGCAGCACAGCCCUUUCCUAACACCGGUGCAGGGCCUCGACCGGCAUUACCUCAACCUGAUAGGCCAUGCCCACCCUAACGCCCUUAACCUGCACACGCCCCAGCACCCCCCGGUGCUCUGACACCCCUCCCCCCGCUAGUUUAUUCUUCGCUUUGAGCGCUGCUUAGGAGAAAUGCUGUAUAUAUUGUACAGGUGUAAAUACUGUGUUAUCAAAAUUCUGGGUGAGAAAAAUUAUUGAAUUAUUUUUCUUAAGAAUCGCCCCUUGACAAUAAAUGUUUUCUGAUAAAGACCCAAA